CAUUUCAAAUUUGACUUUUGCGCUAACGAACGUCGUGGAGAACGCCAGAAUCAAGAGAAAACGACGCUGAAAACUAUAAUAGAUAUAUAUAAAUAAAGUACUAUUACAAAAUCACACCAGGAAUAAUAGAAUAACUGUGCAAUAUGCUGAGUACUGCAGUAAACCCACCAUUGACAACGCUGCGCACAGGCGCCGCCGCCGUCGCGUCCUUGGCGAACAACAAAGGACAACAACUCGAAAGCAAAAAACAGCAACAGGUGCCGCAACAAGUUGCCUGCAACCUGACUGAGAUUAUAAGCAAACUGCAAUUGGACUAUGGCAAUUACAAAUAUACCGUCUAUCGAUGUGCUAGCAAAUUUGUCGCCCUGCAGAAGAUAUUUCACACUAGUAAAAUACCCUAUAAACUUGUGAUGGCCAUAUUGCAACGCCAUGGCAUGCCCGUGAGCAGCAGCAAUUGCAAUUUGAAUUUGAUGGUGCCGCCGUUUCAGCUAACCUCGCUGCUGCACGACAUUUAUUUCGCCUGCGAGAAACUGGGACAUUUUACCAAAACACAAAACUAUCAACUCGACACGGCCACUGCACUGUUGGCCAACUUUUUUUGGAAUAUCUACGAUCCGCAACGACGUCACUCCAUUUCGCUGCUGGAGAUCAAGGUGACUUUUUUGCUGCUCUGCAAGCUGUACAGCAGCGAGCACAUGGUUAGCGACUUCUAUAGCAUGCUGGCCGAUGCCAAAUUUCAGUGUGUUUCGCGCUAUGCAUUUGAGCAGCUUCUGCUUACGCUGAGCAAGCUAUUUAGCUAUCUGGGCGAGUCGAAAGCCUAUGGACCCCACAAUUUGCAGCCGAUGCUGGAGCAGUCGUUUGCCCGCUGUCCGCACGGCCUCGCCGGCCUUGGCGAGCAGCAGUUUCACAAUUUGUGGACGCACACCCAGACACGCUUUCUAAUCUAUGGCAAUCUGUUGGCUCUGAUCAAGCGCAUCGAGGACACGGAGCACUUGAUACACAGCAAUCAGUGCGCCGGCUGUCGCAUGGAGCACAUCAUUGGCAUACGUUUCAAGUGCCAAGUGUGUCGUGAUCUGUCGCUGUGCCUGCCCUGCUUUGCCUCGGCCGUGCAUGUGAGUGGCAAGCAUGAGCCGUCGCAUCGCAUGUGCGAAGUCUUUGUCGAGGAUCAGCCGCAGCCGAAGCGCUGGACCCAACAUCUGGCACGCCUCUGCAGCUGGUUUCCCUAUGCACAGAAAGGCCAGCGCGCCGAUGCCGAGGAGGAGGAGCGACGCGGCUUCUGCAAUGCACAGGAAAGCGGCGCGGGCAUCGGCCAGCCCAGCAAUGCAACCGAAUUGGCGCCCAUCCCCGCCGAAACGCGCAGCAUUCGCAGCAACUCAACGUUGCGUCUCAAAGCGUCGCCAAACGAGAAGCCACAGCCCCAGCCCCAGGCGCAGCCGCAACCGCAGCCUCAGCCGCAACUGCAGCAGCAACCACAACAGGAACUCUGCUCCUUAACUGGGCUGGCGAGCAGCGCCUCGGAGCGCUUACAAUCCAUUAUCGACCGUGUUUUACUGCAGAAUGUCAAACUGGAGAUGCAACUGAAACAGCUGCCGAGCACAUCGAGCGCUCAAAUAUGUGAUUUUCUGAGCGCCCAUCAAAGUUUCUUGCUGCAAAUAAUUGAGGACAUGCGACAAUUAUCGCGCGCUUCGUCUGCUGCACCGCUGAUCAGCUCCACGUUCCUCAACGCCAGCACGCCGCAACGUUCCUCGCCGCCAGCUGCAAAAGCUGCAUACGAUAUGUACGCACCUGUGGGCGCCAAUUUAACACAUUCAAUCAAUGGCGCCGAGUUGAACCGCAGCUACUUGGAGGCCAACAAAUCGGAUUACUCACUGAGCGACAUUAGUUUGUGGUUCGAUCAGCGACGCUCCAGUUUGUUGCACUCGGCUGCCAGCAACAUGCAGCAACAGCAACAGCAGCUGCCACUGGGCGCAUUGCUGGAGCAGUCGGUCAAUGUGGAUAUGCGUGAUACGGAAAUGGUUAACUUUAAGCUGCUGCUGAACAAGGUCAAAGAGAUUGUCGAGGACUCGUACAGCGACAAUGCCGAGCUCUCGGCGGCUACACAAAAUCUGGAGAAUGUCCUUGACAAUAUCAUCAAAGGCGAGGAGCAACAGCGGCGCAGCAGUUGCAGUGCUCGAAGCUCACGAAACUUUUCGGAAAAACUCUAGGCUCUCGAUAUCUACAUCUAUAUAUACAUAUAUUUUUAUAUACUCGAAGUUUUCCAUAACAAAAUUCAUUUGAAGUGCUUUAAAUUAGUUUUAAGUUUUGUUGUGUAUAAAAUUGUAAAUGUUUCUUAACAAUUUGUGCAAUUCUGCAAAUUGCAUAAGAGGCAAGUGUAAUGCAAGUGUAAUCCUAAAAAGCAUAUAUGACCUACAUAUAUAUUCCUAUUCAGGAUAAGCUUCAUGUAUAAAACUGUCCGUCCAAGCUAAAAGUUUUAUUUUUGAUUUAUAUUUAAGCACGAAACAUUUCUCUACUGUGUAAUAAAUAAUAAAUG